UCCUUCUGGAGCUGGACUUAUUAAAAGACAGUCACUCUCUCUGAAAGUCAGGAGAGGGAGAGAGGGGGAGAGGGGAGUGAGCGAGAGAGAGAGAGAGAGAGAGAGAGAGAGCAGUGACAGAAACGUGCAGACAGCGGCGGUAAAAGUUGGACUGGAAGUCGCUCCGUAAAGGAAACUGCUGUGCGUAAAAGAAGGGAUGCCAGCCAGGCGUGGCUUGUGUUUGAACAUCCAAUGUGAGAAUGCGUGGGGAGUAUGUAUAUAAUAGAGACGUGUCCUUCUGAUGAACAGAGAUAUCAAACUGAUGAUUAAAGCACAGGCCGAUUAAAUAAAGUGCGAGGACGCUCGGCUGCGUUGGAUUUGGAGGCGCGCGGUGCGCAUUGCUGGAGCCGGGCUUUCUGUGCGUGCAUGGACCGGACUGGUGCAGAACUUUUCUCCCUCUUUGACUCACGCGAACACUUCCAAUGCCGUCGCUUAAUUUGACAGCUGUGCACACCAUGGCAGAGGUGGGCAGCUUUCUCGGGACCAUAGACCUGGAUUUACAAAGCUUUCCUGCGCUCGGGAAUGUGCCCAUAGCGGAGUCUCCGGUGGGGCUGAAUGAGCGGCUGGGGCAGAUUGAAGGCAGGCUGCAGCGGGGGUCGCCCACGGAUUUCGGGCACCUGAAAGGGAUCUUGAGGCGGCGGCAGCUCUACUGCAGGACCGGCUUCCAACUGGAGAUAUUCCCUAACGGGACAGUGCAUGGGACAAGGCAGGACCACAGCAGAUUCGGUAUCCUGGAGUUCAUCAGCCUGGCAGUGGGUCUGGUCAGCAUCAGAGGGGUGGAUGCCGGACUCUACCUCGGCAUGAAUGAGAAAGGAGAGCUCUAUGGGUCGAAAAAGCUGACGGCUGAAUGUGUGUUCAGGGAGCAGUUUGAGGAGAACUGGUACAACACCUACGCUUCCACGCUGUACAAGCACACAGACACGGGGCGCUUCUACUACGUGGCCUUAAAUAAGGACGGCUCGCCCCGAGAGGGCGGCAGGACUAAAAAACACCAGAAACUCACACACUUCUUGCCCAGGCCUGUGGAGAUCGAAAAGAUCCCUCCGGCGUACAGAGACCUGUUUCAGUACAGGUGACCAUCACUGACAACUGGCGCGCCGGUUACACCAGGAGGAACAGAAAGUGUAGAAGAGGAGACAGAGGGUGUCACUAAAACCUCAAGCCUGGAGGAGAACUGGUCACCCUCACCUCCCACUGAGGUCACUGGGUUCACACCUCAGCCCACUACCAAACAGGGACGGCACUGACAUGGACAUUGUGCCCAUUUCCUGGACGAUCGAUUCCUUGCUUCUGUAGGUAAAGUUGCCUUGUAUAACCACUACGGACAUGGACGGCAGAGGAGGCCCGGGUGACUGGUCCGUCGGGUGCCUCGCCUUUUAAAUAACCACUUUUUUUUUUGAGAUUUGGAGGUAAAAAAAAUUGCAUAGAUGCUGACAUGUGACGACAAUUGUAGUAGCACUAAACUGGUGGAACCUGAGCAGAGAGGGAAGAAGGCUAUCAAGUAGCCCCAAAGGAAACGAAAAGCACUGCAGAUGACACGUGGCGUUUAUGUCAUGCACUACAAACAGCCAUGGUCUUCAUGCAUGAGCGGGCACAUUCCUCACACGCAGACAGAGAGGGAAGAAAGAACGGAAAAGGUCAGGAAUAUCCAGGGUGAUGGCAGGUACGACGGAGCGAGUUCCUCCGCUGAGGAAGUGACUCAGAGGAGUUUUAUGAACUUGUCCUCAGACUCAAAGAUGAAAGCGGGGGAUGUAAAACCUCUGAUGAAUGAGUGAUAGAUGAAAGAGCACUUACUGCACAUCCUCAGUCCCAGCUGCGGACUCGUCUGCUCUCCCAUGUACUCAUCAGCCUAAUGAUCACACUCACCACUUUAGAAUGAAAUAUCGAGCAACAUCUUGUCGGAGCUGUGUGCAAAACAAGUGAUUAAGCUGUGGACGAGAGCACUUCUCUGACCGCAGUUGUUAAGAGUGAGACGAUGGCGACUUGUAAUGUUCAGAGUGUCAGGAACAUUAUUAAAAAUGCAAGCAGCUGAGGUGUACAUAUGGGUGAUCCUAUUUAAGAGAUGUACAAUAUAUUUAUUUUCUACAUAUAAAGUAUAAAUAUAAAUCUAUAUAUUUAUUUAUUGCAAAGACUUUAUUUUGUAAUUGAGUUGAAGUUAUCUGGACUGUAGAUUCUACUGAAAUUACACCAAAAAAAAGCAAACCAAAAAACGGCUGCCAUAAAAUGACAAUAAAAUUGUCCUGCUAUGGAGAACUCCUUGUG